AUGAUUCCAUUGUCACAGACGCAAGCAAGAGGUCCUGAACUACAAAAGAAAGUGACUUUCUGGAACGGGCUAGGUCUCGUUGUCGGUAUGAUGAUUGGUAGUGGGUUAUUUAGUUCCCCAGGACCUGUACUUGAGUCCUCUGGUGCUUAUGGAACAGCAUUGGUCAUUUGGUUUAUAUCAGGCUUGAUAGCAUUGAGCGGUGCGUUAUGUUAUUCUGAAUUAGGUACCAUGCUACCACAAAACGGCGGUGAGUCCGUGUAUUUAGGAAGAGCAUUUGGGAGCCUUGUCUCGUUCAUGUUUGAAUUUUUCAGCAUUGUCGUGCAAAAGCCUGGCAGUUUGGCGAUCGUUUGUACAGUUUUCGGUGAAUACGUGUCGCGUAUUGCCUAUCAUACUUAUUUCUUUCACAUCCCUCAUGAUUCUGAUGCGGCGGCACAAUUAGCUGAUUCGAUUAUACCGUCUUUUUUACCAAAGUUAUUGGCUAUCGUCUGUUUGAUCGUUUUGACAACAAUUAACGCUUUCUCUGUGAAAGCAGGUGUUCGUGUGCAAGAUGUAUUAACUUUGGUUAAAGUACUUACGGCCAUUGUUAUAUCGAUCGUUGGUAUUAUUGUAUUGACGAAUAAGAAUUUGGUGGUUGGCGAUAGUAUUCAUGGUGAUGCUUUCAAGAACAUUAAUUCUAUCAGUUUUGGACAAUUUGGCGUUGCAUUUUAUUCGGCUUUAUGGGCAUUUGAUGGUUGGAAUAAUUUAAAUUAUGUAUCGGGCGAAAUGAAGGAUUCACACAGAGAUUUGCCACGAGUCAUCAUCUUCGGCAUACCCUUGGUUAUCGUGUGUUACAUGCUUUCCAACGUUGCUUAUCUUGCAGCGUUAAGACCGGAGGUUGUGAUGCAUACAAAUACGGUUUCUAUGGAUUUUGGAAAAAAGAUUUUUGGUCCAGCCGGUGGUAUUAUAUUUGCUGUCUGUGUUGCUUUUAGUUGCUUCGGGUCUGCUAAUGCAAGUGUAUUUACAGGAGCUCGGAUCAUCUAUGUGUCUGCAAAGCAAGGACAUAUUCCUAGUUUAUUUGGAAAGCUCCAUCAAAUUCGUCAGACACCCAUUCCAGCCUUAAUUUUACAAGCUAUACUAACUACCAUCAUGAUAAUGAUAGGUUCUUUCAGAGUUUUGAUAAAUUUUUAUUCUUAUGGUGCUUGGAUCUUUCAUUUUUUGGCCGUAUUAUGUUUGCUUGUUCUCCGAUACACCGAACCUGAUUUGCAAAGACCUUAUCAUGUUUGGAUUUCAACGCCAAUACUUUUUUGCAGCAUUGCUCUAUUUUUAUGCACUGCACCACUAAUAGAAGCACCCGUUGAAAGUGUGAUUGCCUUAGGAAUCAUACUGUUGGCUAUUCCUGUUUGGGUUGUUCGUGUCAAAUUUUAUUCGGUCAUUUCCAGAGGCUGGGAUUCCAUUGCUAGCUGUGCCGGAAGAUACAGACGAAAAAGAGAGUAUCGAGAAAUGGAAAUGACAGAAAAUUAA